UGCUGGAAUGAUCAUCAACUUGUUCUUUGGCUUUGGCGUCCUUUUACUGCCAGUUUUAGCGUUUUACUUGCGUCAUUGGAGGUCUCUUCAGCUAGCGGCGUCCUCGUGGACAUUUAUAUUUGUUAUAUACUACUGGUUGAUACCUGAAUCUCCGCGGUGGCUCAUCACUAAAGAGCGCUAUGGAGAAGCUGAAAUCAUCAUUCAAAGAGCCGCCAUUGUAAACAAAACCAAAGUCCCAGACGCCUACAAUUGGGAAGAACGCGUCAUUAUAUGCGAACCCUUUAGGAAUAUCUUCGUUCAUCGAGUGCUGGCUAUCCGCACGUCCAUCAUCUACGCCAACUGGGCAGUGUGUAGCAUGAACUACUACGGUCUGAGCCUGAAUGCUACACGUCUCACUGGAUCAGUUUACGUCAACACCAUCAUAUUCGCACUGGUUGAAAUAAGCUCCUACCUCUGCUCCUAUUUUUUCCUUGAAUGUACAGGCCGUAAGGUGCUUCAUAUCAUCUUUAUGGCUUUAACUGGGGUCUUUUGUAUGCUGUCACCUUUUCCACAAAUAUAUGGAGGCUCGGGUUUUUAUUGGCUCACUAUACUCCUGGCAACAGUUGGCAAGUUUGGAGCUUCCGGUGCCUAUGCCAACAUUUGGCUGUACUCAGCCGAGCUCUUCCCCACGGUGCUGCGGAGCUGCUGCAUGUCUUCUGGUUCAUUUUUUGCAAGGAUUGGUGGGAUGAUUGCCCCUUAUGUAGCAAACUUUAGCAGCAGCCUUGACCGUGAGACUGCAGGAAUUAUUCCAUUAAUUGUGUUUGGUGUCGUCUCCAUCAUAGCAGGAGCAUUUUCAUAUUCGCUUCCAGAGACCAGGGACACAGUUCUCCCUGAAACUAUUGCUGAGGCGCUAGCACUUGGCCGCACCCCAAAAUAUGUUCAAGCCAAAGAAAAGAAUGUAUCACCUAACCCGUCCAAAGAUUCAACAAGCUUUCCAGAAUUAGCACAAGCUAAAGAAAGGACAGAAUCGCCUAGCUCCAAAGAUUCGCCCAAGACAGCAGCAGACGCAGCAACAACACGUAGUGGAACAACUAUAUAGUAGUGGGAAAAGCGUUCACAAUCUGAGGAUACAUUCAUUCACAGGCAGCUUGCUGUUAUAAGCUAUUGGGGCAUGGUCCCACAUAUACUUUGUAAAACUACAUUGUUUAUGUACACUGCCCAUGUUGCAAGUGUUUAUGAUCCCAACACCCAGUCUUUGGCCAUGUGCUAAGAGGAUUUAGUUCAACAUUGCCGGGUCAAACGACCAAGCCCAAAACUACUCAGCUGAGUCAACUGUUAUUGGAACGUCCAGCUAGAUUGGGCUCCAGAAUUAUAUAUAUCUGCAUCUACUCUAUAGAAAUCAUUAGGGACCAUUAAAAUAGAUAUUUUAAUAGUAGAAGUAUGCCAUGGGUAACUAAGUGGAAGUUUUAACAAUUGUAUAAUUUGUGCUGAACAAAUUGUUUUUACCUCAAUACUAUUACAGGUUUACUUGAGUUAAAUCUGUAUAACAUCAGUACAAUCCAUUUUAGAUGCUAAGUGUUCAUUGGUAAUAAUUUUUUAAGAAAUAGAUUGUUUGAAUAAUAAGCUCCUAGCCCUAUUUGUUUCUAUUGUUACAUAUUGUAACCUGAUGCCCUUACACACAGUUUAUUAAUGUGGACAAGUCUUAUUGUCUGUAAAUAUAAUUAAUUUUUUUUAACAUUAGGUCUACUGUAAUCUUAUUUUAAAAAAUUGUAUAUGCUGAAUAAAUAUAUAUUUUUAUAA